GUUCUUAUCUUUGAGGUGUUACUGAGAUGGCAGAAGUUAUUGAGAUCCACGCUUUGCACAGAAGAGUAGAUUUAAAGCAAGAAUGUUGUGAACUGAUGAAUAGUCAAUGGCCCCGAAGUAAUACGGCUAGACUGCAUUCCUUAGAUAAAUCUAAAGAUGAGUUACCAUAUUCUAUGGUGAUGACAGAGAGAUGUGGUGAGAAGGAAAUUGUACUAGGACAUAGUAGACUGUGUAAAGUUAUUGGAAUACCACAUGCAGUACUGGUUGAAUCAGUGGUGGUUGACAAGAAAAGAAGAGGAGAGGGUCUGGGUAGGAAACUGAUGGAUCUUACAGAAGAACAUGCUCGUAAUAUGGGCUCUCAUACAAUGUAUCUGUGUACCAAAGAUAAACAAGAUUUCUAUCAACAUCUGGGCUACAAGUAUUGUGAUCCUGUAAACACAUUAGCUGCUCAGAUGUUAGAGACAUGUGACUGUCCAAUGAUUGGAUGUGAUGAUACAUCUUCCCAAGGCAAAACCUCUUGUUCUACAAAGUGUGCAGAGUCUUGUAAUAAGGAAUCAAAGAUGCCAAAAGAAUUGCCAACUAAUGAGUCUCCUGUUCCACCACCCCCUCCCCCACCACCUCUUCCGCCUCUUACUACAAGUCAGGGGGUUGUGGUUUACUGGCUCAAGAAAAGCAUUUUGUGA